GUGACCACGGCGUCAGGGACCAAAUGUUUCGCCGAGAGGGACAAAUGGAUCGAGAAUCUGCAGAGGGCGGUGAAGCCCAACAAGGACAACAGCCGCCGGGUGGACAACGUCCUGAAGCUGUGGGUGAUCGAGGCGCGGGACCUUCCUCCCAAGAAACGUUACUACUGCGAGUUGUGCCUGGACGACAUGCUCUACGCCCGGACCACCAGCAAGGCCCGGACCGACAACGUCUUCUGGGGUGAACAUUUCGA